GGUCUGGUCAAGUUCUUACGCAGCGCACGAGCGAUUUUGACCGCAUACAAUCUCGUGCCGAUCAAACACCGAGCUCCGCCACACUAUCCAUACGAGCUGGAGUGAUAUACCCGGAUUGGAGGAAGAGAGAAUAUAAAUCUAUUGGGCUCGAAGGUUAUAGCAAGGUGAAUGUACCUAUUCGAAAAAGGUAAAAUGGAACCGCGGGCGUCUGACGCAUAUAGCAAUCUCCUCGGUGGGAAAAUAUCACGACAGCCACCAUGAAGCCCGUGCGUUUUGUCUCGGCCAUCGCCGCGACAAGGUUCUUCAGCCUCAUCGCGGCGGACUGGCAGUUUCGCAGCCGUCCAGACCUGACACCGCCGCGGUUGAACAUUACAAUUCCUGCCACUGGCGAUGUUGAGGAGGGUUACCUCUUCCUCGCCCCAUUUGCUGGAUAUUCCGAUACUCCUACUGAGCAGCAUGGGCCCCGCCAGGCUGGACCGUACAUUUUCAAGGACAAUGGCGACCUCAUUUGGUCCGGGUACGCUCAGUACAGCAUCUGGGCUACCAACUUCCAGGCAGGCCGCUGGAAGGGGAAAGACGUCUUGUUCAGUUUCGAGGGUGACCAUAAUGCCGGCUACGGCCAUGGACACGGGCACAUCACCUUUAUGGAUCAGCACUACGAGACCAUUCGUGAGCUGCGUGCUGGAAACCAUAAGCUUGUCGACAAGCAUGAGUUCCACAUUGUCAACGAAGAAACUGGUCUAAUUCAGAUCUAUCAACCUGUCGCUCGGGAUCUCAGGGAAUGGGGUGCUGGCCCGGACCAGCAGUGGAUCGUCAAUGCAAUCAUUCAAGAGCUAGAUAUUUCCACGGGCAGACUCCUGUUUGAGUGGCGCAGCUUGGAUCACGUUUCCCCUGAUGAAGCAAUCCUUCCCAUAAACCCGGGGCAGGCGGGCUCCGGUUAUAACUCCUCCGACGCGUGGGAUUACUUCCACAUCAAUAGUGUCGACAAGGAUACUGACGGCAACUAUCUAAUCUCGGCAAGAGACGCUUGCGCAAUACACAAGAUCAACGGGACUGAUGGCUCCAUCAUUUGGCGCCUCAACGGCAACCGCUCUGAUUUUAAGAUGGCCAACAACACGAAAUUCUGCUUCCAACACCACGCCAGAUGGAUACACCAAGGCGACAAUAUCGAGAUCAUCAGUCUGUACGACAACAGCGCCCAUGGAACUGAACACAACGGAGGGUCCGAGGUGCACACUGCUCCGACAAGUAGCGGCAAGGUUCUGAAGCUGAAUACCACGUCGUGGACAGCUGAGCUUGUUUGGGCUUUCUUUCCACCAGAAGGUCUCCUGUCUAAGUCGCAGGGAAGUACUCAAGUCUUGCCGAACGGAAAUGUCCUCGUUGGUUGGGGAUCCGAGGGCGCAGUGACCGAGUUCACCAAGGAGGGGACACCCAUCUUUCAUGCAUACAUGGACUCGGGUGUGCUGGGCGCGGGUGUCCAGAACUAUCGUGCUUUCCGGUAUAACUGGACUGGGCUUCCCAACGAGGAUCCCGCCAUUGUCGCACUGCAGAACGACGGCGGAACAACCGCGUACGUGUCGUGGAACGGAGACACGGAGACGGCUGCUUGGCGCUUCUACGCCGCAACUGAUGAGUUUGGUUCUCGUGAGUUCCUCGGCGAGGUUCCUCGCUCGAGCUUCGAGACGAGCUUGCGGAUUCCAAAGAGGAAGCUCAUUGGCGUAGUGGCGGACAGCGUCGACGCUGCAGGGAGGACGUUGGUCUCGACUGCCGUCGUGAAGGUCGAAGAGGAGAUUUUGCCUGCAAAUGGUAUUGCUCAGCGGCAAAACCGGUUCGCACACCAGAAGCCGGUUGCGAACUGGAGGCCACGAGGCAGCGCAGGCGAGCUGUAGGCUGGUCCUUCGGAUGAGCCGGAUGCUCGCCGUCAAGGUGCCAUUAACGAUAGACUCGAGACGAGCGAUAUUGUCUCGGCGUUUGUUUGAUUGCCUUUUCUUUGCUUUUGUCCGUCCCGACCUCGUCACUCGUUUUCGCACAUGUAAAUAGUUGGCCGAAAGCCUCACAAUACGACUCCAGUCCUUACCG